UCCAGUGGGCUGGAUGCUUCUAGCCUGUUUGGUUUGGUGGCUAACAGCACUGACGGGGGUUACAUACGCAGGUGUUGUCUUGAUGUGAAGAGAUAACAGGGACUUCAAUCAAUCUCCCUCUAUCCCAUUUCAUGCCGUUUUCCAGGCAGGACUCAUGCUGAACCUUUGACAGCAGUGCCUGGGUCACCAGAGAUAGGAGGACUACCAUGCUUCCCUGCUGUGCGGUCAGGAUGUGCCAUGUGCUGGUGCUGGUGCUGUGUCUGUCUGCGGCUGAGGACUUCGACUGGACAAAGAACGACCGCGGCUCCUUCUAUUAUGGGACUUUUCCAGCUGGAUUUUCGUGGGGUGCCGGCAGUUCAGCCUAUCAAACAGAAGGAGCCUGGGACCAAGACGGUAAAGGACUGAGUAUCUGGGAUGUGUUCUCUCACAGGAAGGGAAAGAUACUGCAGAACGACACCGGAGACUCUUCCUGCCAGGGAUACUACAAAAUCAAGGAGGACAUCUCCCUAAUGAAAGAGCUGAAGCUGGACCACUAUCGCUUCUCCAUCUCCUGGCCCCGUAUCAUGCCUACUGGGAUCAAAUCUGACCAUGUGAACGAGAAAGGGAUAAAGUACUACGAUGAGUUGAUUGACAACCUGUUGGAGAACAAGAUCACUCCCAUCGCUACUCUGUACCACUGGGAUCUUCCUCAGGUCCUCCAGGAGAAGUACGGAGGAUGGCAGAACAUCAGCAUGGUCAACUACUUUAAUGAGUUUGCCAACCUGUGUUUUGAGAGAUUCGGAAACAGAGUGAAAUACUGGAUCACCUUGAACAACCCAUGGUCAGUGGCAGUGGAGGGCUAUGAGACAGGUGAGCACGCUCCUGGACUGAAGCUGAGAGGAACAGGGGCCUACCGGGCCGCGCAUCACAUGAUCAAGGCCCAUGCUAAAGUCUGGCACACCUAUGACACCAAGUGGAGAGAAAAACAGAAAGGUCUGGUGGGCAUCUCUCUGUCUGGAGAUUGGGGCGAACCGGUAGACAUCAGUAACCAGAAGGAUAUCGAGGCAGCAGAGCGAUACGUCCAAUUCUACAUUGGCUGGUUCGCCACUCCCAUCUUCCACGGGGACUAUCCACAAGUCAUGAAGGACUUUAUUGGUCGUAAGAGUGCCCAGCAGGGUCUGGGUACGUCCCGCCUCCCCACCUUCUCUUCCCAGGAGAAGAGCUACAUUAAGGGUACCUGUGACUUCCUGGGUAUCGGUCACUUCACCACGCGCUACAUUACCCAGAAGAACUACCAGUCGGGACACGGCAGCAGCAGCUACUUCACUGACAGAGACCUAGCUGAACUGGUGGACCCCCGCUGGCCUGAUCCUGGAUCAGAGUGGCUCUACUCUGUCCCCUGGGGGUUCAGACGCCUGCUCAACUUCGUCAAGGCCCAGUACCGAAACCCGAUGAUCUACGUGACAGAGAACGGGGUGUCGGAGAAGAUCAUGUGUACUGAGCUCUGUGAUAACUGGAGAAUACAGUACUACAAGGACUAUACCAACGAGAUGCUGAAAGCCAUCAAAGACGGAGUGAACGUGCGCGGCUACACCGCCUGGUCUCUGCUGGACAAGUUUGAGUGGGACGAGGGCUACUCCGAGAGGUUCGGCCUGUACUACGUAGACUUCAGGAACAAGAAUAAACCACGUUACCCAAAAGCCUCGGUUCAGUACUACAAACGCAUCAUCAGCUCCAACGGAUUCCCCAACCAGAGAGAGGUAGAGAAUUGGAAGAGGAAGGCCACAGAGACCUGCUCUUCCAGUAACCAGCUCCUGGCUGCAGAGGAACAACGGAGUACUGCUGCCAAUAUACUAAGACUUAUACAUGACCCCCUGACCAACCACAUGGAGAUGGUCACAGAGGUGGUGGUCCCCACUGUGUGUACCCUGUGUAUCCUCCUCUCUGCAGUCUUCCUCAUGUUCCUGCUGCGGAGACACAACUAGGAUGUACUACUACACUACUAGAUAUACUACUACACUACUAGAUAGACCCCCUGACCAACCACAUGGAGAUGGUCACAGAGGUGGUGGUCCCCACUGUGUGUACCCUGUGUAUCCUCCUCUCUGCAGUCUUCCUCAUGUUCCUGCUGCGGAGACACAACUAGGAUGUACUACUACACUACUAGAUAUACUACUACACUACUAGAUAGACCCCUGACCAACCACAUGGAGAUGGUCACAGAGGUGGUGGUCCCCACUGUGUGUACCCUGUGUAUCCUCCUCUCUGCAGUCUUCCUCAUGUUCCUGCUGCGGAGACACAACUAGGAUGUACUACUACACUACUAGAUAUACUACUACACUACUAGAUAGACCCCCUGACCAACCACAUGGAGAUGGUCACAGAGGUGGUGGUCCCCACUGUGUGUACCCUGUGUAUCCUCCUCUCUGCAGUCUUCCUCAUGUUCCUGCUGCGGAGACACAACUAGAUAUACUACUACUACACUACUAGAUAUACUACUACUACACUACUAGAUAUACUACUACUACACAACUAGAUGUACUACUACACAACUAGAUGUACUACUACACAACUAGAUGUACUACUACACUACUAGAUGUACUACUACACUACUAGAUAUACUACUACUACACUACUAGAUAUACUACUACUACACUACUAGAUAUACUACUACUACACUACUAGAUAUACUACUACACUACAAGAUAUACUACUAGAUAUACUACUACUACACUACUAGAUAUACUACUACUACACUACUAGAUAUACUACUACACUACAAGAUAUACUACUAGAUAUACUACUACUACACAACUAGAUAUACUACUACUACUACACUACUAGAUAUACUACUACUACUACUACACUACUAGAUAUACUACUACUACACAACUAGAUAUACUACUACUACACAACUAGAUGUACUACUACACAACUAGAUGUACUACUACACUACUAGAUGUACUACUACACUACUAGAUAUACUACUACUACACUACUAGAUAUACUACUACUACACUACUAGAUAUACUACUACUACAUAUACUACUACUACACUACUAGAUAUACUACUACUACUACUAGAUAUACUACUACUACUACUAGAUAUACUACUACUACUACUAGAUAUACUACUACUACACAACUAGAUAUACUACUACACUACAACUAGAUAUACUACUACACUACAAUAUAUACUACUACUACUACUACUACACAACUAGAUAUACUACUAGAUAUACUACACAACUAGAUAUACUACAAGAUAUACUACUACUACACAACUAGAUAUACUACUACUACUACACAACUAGAUAUACUACUACUACUACACAACUAGAUAUACUACUACUACUACACAACUAGAUAUACUACUACUACUACUACUACUACUACACAACUAGAUAUACUACUACUACUACACAACUAGAUAUACUACUACUACUACACUACUAGAUAUACUACUACUACUACACUACUAGAUAUACUACUACUACUACACUACUAGAUAUACUACUACUACUACUACACAACUAGAUAUACUACACAACUAGAUAUACUACAAGAUAUACUACUACUACACAACUAGAUAUACUACUACUACACAACUAGAUAUACUACUACUACUACUACUAGAUAUACUACUACUACUAGAUAUACUACUACACUACAACUAGAUAUACUACUACACAACUAGAUAUACUACUAGAUAUACUACUACUACACAACUAGAUAUACUACUACAAUAUAUACUACUAGAUAUACUACUACUACACAACUAGAUAUACUACUACUACUACUACACAACUAGAUAUACUACUACACAACUAGAUAUACUACUACACAACUAGAUAUACUACUACACAACUAGAUAUACUACUACUACUACACAACUAGAUAUACUACUACUACUACACAACUAGAUAUACUACUACUACUACACAACUAGAUAUACUACUACUACUACACAACUAGAUAUACUACUACUACUACACAACUAGAUAUACUACUACUACACAACUAGAUAUACUACUACUACUACACAACUAGAUAUACUACUACUACUACACAACUAGAUAUACUACUACUACACAACUAGAUAUACUACUACUACUACUACACAACUAGAUAUACUACUACUACUACUACACAACUAGAUAUACUACUACACAACUAGAUAUACUACUACACAACUAGAUAUACUACUACACAACUAGAUAUACUACUACACUACUAGAUAUACUACUACACUACUACACUACUAGAUAUACUACUACUACACAACUAGAUAUACUACUACUACUACACAACUAGAUAUACUACUACUACUACACAACUAGAUAUACUACUACUACUACACAACUAGAUAUACUACUACUACUACACAACUAGAUAUACUACUACUACUACUACACAACUAGAUAUACUACUACUACUACUACACAACUAGAUAUACUACUACUACUACUACACAACUAGAUAUACUACUACACAACUAGAUAUACUACUACACAACUAGAUAUACUACUACACAACUAGAUAUACUACUACACUACUAGAUAUACUACUACACUACUAGAUAUACUACUACUACACAACUAGAUAUACUACUACUACACAACUAGAUAUACUACUACUACACAACUAGAUAUACUACUACUACACAACUAGAUAUACUACUACUACACAACUAGAUAUACUACUACUACACAACUAGAUAUACUACUACUACACAACUAGAUAUACUACUACUACACAACUAGAUAUACUACUAGAUAUACUACAAGAUAUACUACUACUACACAACUAGAUAUACUACUACUACUACACAACUAGAUAUACUACUACUACACUACUAGAUAUACUACUACUACACUACUAGAUAUACUACUACUACACAACUAGAUAUACAACUACUACUACUAGAUAUACUACUACUACACUACAAUAUAUACUACUACUACUACUACUACUACUACUACUACUACUACACAACUAGAUAUACUACUAGAUAUACUACUACUACACAACUAGAUAUACUACUACUACACAACUAGAUAUACUACUACUACUACUACACAACUAGAUAUACUACUACUACUACUAGAUAUACUACUACACUACAAGAUAUACUACUACACUACAAGAUAUACUACUACUACUACAAGAUAUACUACUACUACUACAAGAUAUACUACUACUACUACUACUACACAACUAGAUAUACUACUACUACACAACUAGAUAUACUACUAGAUAUACUACUACUACACAACUAGAUAUACUACUACUACACAACUAGAUAUACUACUAUGACUACUAGAUAUACUACUACUACACAACUAGAUAUACUACUACACUACAAGAUAUACUACUACUACUACACAACUAGAUAUACUACUACUACACAACUAGAUAUACUACUAGAUAUACUACUACUACACAACUAGAUAUACUACUACUACUACUACUACACAACUAGAUAUACUACUACUACACUACUAGAUAUACUAAUACUACACAACUAGAUAUACAACUACUACUACUAGAUAUACUACUACUACACUACAAUAUAUACUACUACUACUACUACACAACUAGAUAUACUACUAGAUAUACUACACAACUAGAUAUACUACAAGAUAUACUACUACUACACAACUAGAUAUACUACUACUACUACACAACUAGAUAUACUACUACUACACAACUAGAUAUACUACUACACUACAAUAUAUACUACUAGAUAUACUACACUACAAUAUAUACUACUAGAUAUACUACUACUACACUACUAGAUAUACUACUACUACUACUACUAGAUAUACUACUACUACACAACUAGAUAUACUACUACUACUACUACUAUAUAUACUUCUACUACUACUAGAUAUACUACUACACAACUAGAUAUACUACUACUACACACAACUCACAACUAGUACUACUAUUAUUAUUAUCAUUAUUAUUACUACUACUACUACACAUAUGCUUUAUAUAACCCCACGGACCUAGCAAUUCCAACUUCUCAACCAGGUUAAUUAAAUAAAUUAAAGUUUGAUGUGAAGUUAAGUCGUUUGCUUUAUCCAUAAUAUUUAGCUUAUUGUACAGACCAGUCCAUCAACUGAUUCAGUUGAGACUUCCAAGGUAAUGCACGCUGACACGUACACACACAGCGAGGACAUAAGAGUAGCGACAUGGAUGAUGGGAUAUUUUCAUUUAGAAACACUUCAAAUUGUGUUGUUUAAAAAAUAAAUAAAUAAAUAAAUAAACCAUUAAAAAAUAUUUAAAAAAAACAUACUUUCAUAUGGUCUGUAGUGAUGUUUGACUUACUGGAUCUAAGCAGCAAAGUUGACCAGGCUGCAACACACCAUGGUGGUGAAAUAGGCAGCGUCCUCGCUGGCGCUGUUCACAGUCAUCUCAUCUGAAACACAUUUAA